AUGGGUUCUAUCGCCCACUGGAGGGGCACUGGUUUGGAACAAAAGCCUGUUCCUCAGCCAGCUUUUCCUUUUUCUGUUUGGAUUUACGAUCCGACAACAGGCGAAACUAAAGCUAAUCGAUGCCUCGAAGAUUUAAUUGUCAUGUUGAACCAUCCCAAGGACUGUGAUAACAUCUUUUUGGAUCCUGGCCCUACUGCCUAG